UGCGGCGGGGAAGAGAUCGGAGGGCGGGGAGUUCUACGAGCAUGGGUUGGAUCCGGAGCUCGGCUUCAGGAUCACCUUCCGGAGAAUCGGUGCUGGUUUGGCGAAUCUUGGUAAUACUUGUUUUCUGAAUUCAGUUCUCCAAUGCCUGACAUACACGGAGCCUUUUGCAGCGUACUUGCAGAGCGGCAAGCACAAGUCGUCAUGCCGUACUGCUGGCUUCUGUGCAAUGUGUGCUCUUCAGAAUCAUGUUAUGCAUGCUCUACAAUCUACCGGGAAGAUAUUGUCACCAUCUCAUCUUGUCAAGAACUUGCGAUGCAUAUCUCGCAAUUUUCGGAAUUUCAGACAGGAAGAUGCUCAUGAGUACAUGAUUAACUUGCUUGAGUCAAUGCAUAAAUGUUGUUUACCUUCUGGUGUCCCAAGUGAGUCUCCUAGUGCAUAUGAGAGAAGUUUAGUUUACAAGAUUUUUGGCGGUCGUCUUAGAAGCCAGGUAAAAUGUAUGCAGUGUUCCUAUUGUUCGAAUACGUUUGAUCCAUUCUUGGAUUUGAGUCUGGAAAUUGCGAAAGCUGAUUCUCUACAUAAAGCACUUAAACAUUUCACUGGGCUGGAGCAACUUGACGGUGGGGAGAGGCAAUAUCAGUGUCAGCGGUGCAAACAGAAAGUUAGGGCUUAUAAACAGCUUACGAUUAAUAAGGCUCCGUUUGUGCUCACCAUUCAUCUCAAGCGUUUUGAUUCUCAUAUUGCUGGUCAAAAGAUUGACAGAAAAGUGGAGUUUGAACCCAGGAUCGACUUGAAACCAUUUGUUAGCGAUCCCAAUGAGGGAGACUUGAAAUAUACCCUUUAUGGUGUCCUAGUUCAUGCUGGUUGGAAUACCCACUCUGGUCAUUAUUAUUGUUUCGUACGCACAUCAAGUGGCAUGUGGCAUUCUCUUGAUGAUAAUCAGGUACACCAAGUCAGUGAGAAGACUGUAUUGUCUCAAAAAGCCUAUAUGCUAUUCUAUGUACGUGAUAGAAGUUUGAUCGUGAAAAGAUCAGUUGAUGGGGUGCAGAAGGAUAGCCUCUCUAAAUGUGGCCCUGGAAACAGAGCAAACUGUGAAAUUGUCUCAGGCACUAAAGGAGCAAAUCAAAAUGGUGGGGCAGGAACAAAAAUAAGCACUUCCAUCUGUAGUAUGGUGAAUUUGAAAAAAGAUCCUACCAUCAGCUGUCAGCCUAGUUCUAUGAUAAAAAUACAAUUUAGUCAGUCCUCGCAAGAGGCAGCAUCUUCUGUGCGAAAUGGCGGCAAUGAAAAUCUGGAUGAAGCCCCAAAAUCUGCAAACAAAAACGUGUCAUGUGCAAAUCAAUCUUCUAACUUGCAACUAAAUGGGAAUGUUUCUUCUAAAGGAUUGGGGCAUUGUUUGAAAGAAUCUGUGGCUGCAAAUGACAAUACUGAUCAGAAGGUGGCAGACGACUCCUCAAAGCAAGAUCAACCAAAGGACAAUCCUAUUGUGAUACCUUCUCAUAAAAAGGAUACCUCUUUUGAGCCUGAAAAUGAUUCUAAUUGUUUGGAUGUGAAGGUGAAGUCAAACUACCUUCAUGCUGGGUCAAAGAACUCUGCAUUUCCUGAACCUACAUCUGAGGUUCUUGCCAAGACACUUGUCAUGGAACCUGAUAUCUGCAAGAGUGAUGCUGCUGCUAACGGAAUAUUUCAAAAUUAUGAUGCAUCCCACCAGGGGAAAUUGAAAGCUAAAUUGAAAGAAAAUUUGAGUGUGUCAGCUCCUACUAAUGGAUUCGUUCAAAACAGCACCAGCAAUUUGUCAGCUGCAAAAUACCAGGCAAUUAGUUCUGAAGUUCGUUCAUGCAAUCUACAAAACCAGAAUGGUGGCCAAGGCCUUCUUAAAGUGGAGAAACCAGAACUUAUCAAAUUGUCAAAUAAAAAAAACAUUCCAAAUGGUUUACUUAAGGAACUUGCUGCAGAAUCGGUCCCUGAAACAUCAAUUCGUACUUGCCAUGAAAUGGGUACAAAAUUGAAGAAACUUCCAGAAAUUCUAUUAAAGAGCAAGUAUUUUGGCAGGAAACAACUAUUUAUGAGUUCAUUAAAUUUGGCUAAAAAGAAGAAACUCAAGAGAACAAAAAGAAGAUGUCUAGGUUCCAAACACCUCAUGAAAAGUGGACUUUCAGAUCAUUUAAGAGUAAGCGAUCAAGGAACAUCAACAUCUGAGGCUACUAAUAGCAUAAGUGUAAAUUCUUCCAAGCACCCUCACUGUGAAAGCUUGCAGUUUCGGUUGAUAACUGAUUCUAAUGUUCAGACAGUAGAAAAUGGAAAUCAGUCUAAUGGUAAUUCUACCAGUGAUCAAUUAUUAGAUGAGACAAAGCGAAAGAUUGGUGUCACUCUUGGUACUUCUGAGCAGCCUAAAAUAUGCUUGAACCAUGCGCCAGAUCAGUGCAAGUCAAGUAAAACUGAUUCACAUGAUAAAGGUACACACCAGCACGAGUUGGUGAGUUUACUCACCAGGGGAUUAGCUGAAACCACUGUUGCACGAUGGGAUGAUAUAGAAUUGCCAAUGACAGAAAAUCUGCAUAGGGUAGAAAGUUCAGUAAAGAAAAGCAUUGGUUAUGUCCUGGAUGAAUGGGACGAGGAAUACGAUCGCGGUAAGAGGAAAAAGGUGAAGAAUGGUAAGGAAUCAUUCGACGGGGCGAAUCCUUUCCAGGAUGUCGCGAGCAUGAAGGCACGAAAGAAGAUGAAGUUGAAGGUGGACCAAACCAGAGUGGGGAACCAACCGCUGCGGAUAUUAUGAUGGUGACGAUGAAACAUGGCCAACUGUUAUUUGUUGUAUCGUUUGUUUUUUAGCAUAAUAAUCAGUUUUGUUGUUGUUCUAAGUUUUCUGUUCGUCUAGUCAGAGAGUUAUUGUAUAACUUAUUUUUUUCGUUGCACCCAUUUGACAGCGUAAUUUAAGACGGACAUUUUGGCGAGAUCUAAUUUAAGACGGACAUUUUGCACCUAUCCGAUGAAGUAAAAGAGAUUUUCAGAGAUCUGCAAUUUUGGUUCAUCCAA